GUUUGUCUCGAGCGGAUUGAAAAGCAGAACCAAAAUAUUUCAAUAAAAUGAAAUUCCUGCUAUUUAUGGUCUUCUGCGCCACGCUCACUCAAUCCCACACAAGAAGCAUUACAAAAGCCGCUAACACAGGCACAGCAGCAGCGUUUGGUCAUGACUAUCAUAACUCAUUUAAGUACGGUUAUGGUUAUGAGCAACCGAGAAUUCAAUUCAAUUAUCCAAAAGCCCAGAACACACACAUGAACUACAAAGCAUUGGAGAAAAUUAAUUACCUGAACUAUCAAUCAGCACAUUCGAAGCUAAAGCCAGUCGGCAGUGUACCUAUGCGAUUGCUAUUUCAAAUGCCCAAGAUGCAUGCUGGCAAGCCUUAUAAAGACGAAAAGGAUCUGCGUACAAUUAUGGAGGAGCGCGAAAUGCGACGACCGGCACCACGGCGUUUAGUGCCAUACAACGAGGUAAUCACGUACACGCUGUAAGAUUUAAUGACGAUCGAAAGAGAAUUGACAGCAGUAAACAUUUUACUAAACUACCAAAUGAAUUGGCUAAACAAAUAUUCAACAAAACUUUUUAAUAAUUUGUUUUUAUUUGGCACGAUUAACAGCGACUUGUUUACUACUAAUCAUAACCAUUGGGAACUCCCCUAAAAAAUGGAUAUCAAAAUAUAGUGAUAAACGAAACAAAAA